ACUGACAUGACAGUAUCAGUUACCCGUCACCCGUCGCGAGCAACACUGCAUAGAAGCUAAUAAUCAUUGCUGUCGCUUGUCUAUCACUGCCUAAUCUAUCAGUGCGGGUUACCGAAAGGCGCUACCCGAGUGGCUAUAUAAUACGGGUAGCAACACCUCCGCACCCGUUCGUUCAUCAAACAAUCCAUUGAGUUAGCCUCCCGUAACCGGAAAAAGGUUUCCCCGUCACAUUUCCACCUCAAACUUCAAUCUUUCAUCAACCAUUUACUCGUACACUCCCCCCCGUAAACUCAAUUCCAACAACCUACCUUCCCACCAUCGCAACAACAAAAUGCCACCACCACCCCACCUCUCCUUCGCUCAGAGCGCCUACCACGAGCUCUCUCUCUACUCUCACAUCCCCGCCGCCCGGCAACCGCAAAUCCUCCGCGUGAUCUCAGGCAUAACCGGCAUGCUCCCAGAAACCACGCUGGAACACCACCUAGUAUACAAGCCCAAGCGGCCGCGCCAGCUGGGACAGAACAUGGAGCUAUACUACCUACAACUGAUCUCCAUCGUACCCGAAGAGCAAAAGCAUGGGGAAGUGGAAGGAGGAUACGACGUGAAGAGUCAGAAAUGGCGUAUGCGAUUGGAGGACGUCCCAGAGCCUACGAGGAAGCCGGUCACCUCUAGGAAUGUACUCGGCGCUGGGUUUGGCGAGGGGGAUUCGUUGGGGUUGGUGGAUAGUUUGGGAUUCAUGUUUGUUCCCACCACCACUGCCACCACCUCUGGUCUUUCUUGGGUUUACUAAGAUUUUUACAAAGGCUGCAAACAAAUUACUUCAUGACGGUGUCUACACUGAUACACAAUAAUAUCAUCAUCACGCUGAGUCAGGUCCUACUCCCCCCCACAUCUCACGCUGCCCCCAACGCGCAGUACGGAAAUCCCUAUCCGACGUCUGGAUUGCAGCCUCUCGACCCGGCCAGGUCUUGGGUCCUCAGGGCCGCCGUCAGAGUGCAAAGUCACCAGGAUCUUGAAAGCAUUAAUACCGGCGUUAAUGAGCUGAAGGGGUUUAAGGAGUUGAUGAGGGGUAUGUGUGGUUUGGAGGUUGUGGAGAGGUUGGCGUUGGAUACUAGGGUUCGGUAGUUGCGCGAUUGGUUGGAGUGUGCGGUAUUAUGGUAUCGGGUGGGUGGGAUUGUCUGUUCUUUUUUUUUUUUUUUUUUCACGAUUUUUUUCUUAUUGCGCUUUGGGGGUGUUUAAGCAAUGGGCGUUGUAUUUUUUUUUGAUUUUUUGAUUUUUUUCCCGGUUUUUGAUCGGUUUGCUGCAGAUUAUUGGUCGUGGUGCUGCCGUGAAUGCGGUUUGUUCGUCUAGCUCAGAUCUGGGGGUGAGAUACGGGGAUCCUGAGGUUAGGUGUACCUAAAUAGUCUUUUGUAUGUUCGAGAGAUAUCAUUCUUGGCACUUC